AUGGUAACAAUUAGUAGCAAUCAGGUGUUCAGACGCUACGGCCUGAAAAUCUACAAGCGUCCCCCAACCUACUCAAUCCAGCUACAUUCUCUCAUUCAGUCACCAGUCCACUAUGUCGACCCAACAAACACAGGGUGCUGCGGGCAAGGCCCAGCGGGUCAGGCCUCAGGUGGUCAGCCCGGAGGCGGAGCAGGCUCAGGCGGAGCUGGUUCGGGCCAGGAAGGUGCGGGCAAAGGUGGCGGUGCGGCUAAAGGUGCUGGGAAGGGCCUUGACGACGACCCCAAAAACUCCCCAAGUCGUCAUACAAAAGAGCCUACAUUUCCGGCUUCAAGGUGCGCGACCUGGGGGUGCGGCAUUGUCGUCCAGAGCGGUUAUGUCUGCCCCAAUUGCGGUGCCGAAAACCCAGUAAAACCAAGGAAACCUUCGAAGUAGCAGCAGCUCAAUAGUCUGAAGGUUCAACCCUCUUUCUGUAAUCGGCUUCACUACACUGCAGCCAGACAAGCCCCUUCAAGAGCAUAGCGAUAGUGUAGUUCGGUUCCCUAUUCUAAGCCACAAUUAAAUGAGAUUCUAAU